AUGCUCGGCGCCGUCAACGAGCAAUGCGAGGGUACCCCACAGGGCAUGGAGAAGGUUCGGAGUUGGUUGUUUGAGCUGACCAAGGACCAGCCAGAUCCCAAGAAGCGGUCCACGUACGGCAAGGAAGGCGUCAAUCUCUUCGACGCUUUCUGCUUCCACACUAGCAGCGUCAGAAACCUUGUGGCAACCCAAACGCACCAAUUCGUCCAAGCGGAUUCAGCCAGGAAGCACUGCCUGCUGCCCGACAGCCUCAUAAGCCCACACCACCUUACCGUCGGUGCAGUUGCAUUGCCAAUCGUUCAAGAGUGGUGCGGCACUCGUGGUGACAGCCUGUGCGACAAGAAUCAAUUGACUUUGACAGAGAUUGGUGAAGACGACGUUCUUGAGCGAGCGCCGUUGAUUCCACUAUUGCUCGGGAAAGAGCAAUACCUUCACUUCGAGAUGGUCGGCAUCGUCUUUGAGCUGAGGUAG